AUGCCACUGUUCCUCACACAGACCACCAGGAAAAUACAAAGGAAGGGAGGCAAUAUGGCGGACGCGGCAGUGGCUACCUUGCUUUGCAUGGGUGUUGUGAUGCCCCAUAAUAUGGGCAUAGGAGGUGGAUUUAUAGCAACUCAUUACUCGAGGCGUGAAAGACGGGCCCUGUCGCUGAUCUCCCGCGAAGAGGCUCCCAAGGCUGCGACCAAGGACAUGUUCGUGGAAAACGCUACGCUUUCCCUCAUGGGUAGUCUGUCCAUAGCCGUGCCAGGAGAGCUACGCGGCUACGCGGAGCUGCACGAGCGUCUGCGUGGCAGGCUUCCCUGGAAAGCGCUCUUUCAAGACGCCAUUCGCUUGGCCAAUGAAGGGUUCCCAGUAGGACCUUACACACCUUACACCCUGUGCUACGAAGCGCCGUACAUGUUCACCUGCGCCGACGGACCAUGCGAUCCGCGAUGGAAUCCCUUUUGGAACUUCAAGCGCGGUCGCCCACUAAAGACGGGAGAAGUGCUCGUGCAGAAGGACCUGGCACGCACGCUGGAAGCCAUAGCGGAGAACGGUGCGGAUUAUUUUUACGAGGGCCCACUCGCAGAAGCGAUUGUGCGAGAAAUCUCCAACGAAGGGUCAAUCAUAACGCUGGAAGACCUGCGCUCGUACCGGCCCACAUGGGCACCUGCCGUCAGCCUCACUCUUCAAGACGGCCGAGUUCUUUACACAGCGCCGCCACCUAGCAGUGGUGCCGUCACAGCUUACAUCGUGGCUAUCAUGGAUGCUUUCAGGAACAACGUCAGCGCAGAGCUCCAGAACGAUGCUCUCACUCUGCACCGCUUCGUCGAAGCGUGCAAGUUUGGAUACGCGAAGAGAAGCCUCCUUGGUGACCCGCGCUUUGAUGAUUUGAACGAUGAUAGGAGGCCUACCAGGUGGAGAGAAAGGGAUGAUAAAUUAACGCGUCAAUCGAAUCUGGGUCUUCCGGGCAAUCUGCAGGUGCUGCGGAACCUGACAUCUUGGGACUACGCCAACGCCACGCGAUGGAAGAUCGACGACGAUAGAACGUACCAUGACCCAGUUCACUACGGCCUCGACGUUGCGCCUGCGCCGGAAAAUAAAGGCACUGCACAACUGUCACUAUGGGACGAUGAUGGAGACGCCCUCAGUAUCACCAGCACCAUCAACGGAUAUUACGGAAGUCUGAUCCGCAGCUCUUCGGGCGUUAUAUUCAACAACCAGAUGGACGACUUCUCGACGCCCGGCGUGAGCAACUUCUGGGGCCUGGCCCCAUCACCGGCCAAUUUCAUCGAGCCGGGCAAAAGGCCCCAGUCCUCCAUGAGCCCUACCGUGGUUGUUGACUCCGACGGAGACGUGGAGAUGGUCAUCGGCGCAUCGGGUGGAAGCAAGAUCAUCACUGCAGUGGCUCUGGUGACCAUGAGGGCACUCUUGCAAGGUAACAACAUCAGGGACGCCAUUCAUUCCGCCCGGUUGCACGAGCAGCUUAUCCCAGAUGACGUCGUGGUCGAGCCUCAGUUCCCAAAAGUGCGUACCCGGUGGUGUUCUCACCAAUAAGGCAAUCUGCUUACCUCUUGCGAUUUC